AUGAGCUACCCGGCGCCUCAACAACCUGGUUACUAUGGCCCGCCACCGCAGCAGGGCUAUGGACAGUACCCUCCUCCUCAGCAACAGACUGCUGCGACUGCUGCUAGUCCGCUUCUUCAAGUAUGCGACAACGAUAACGGCGGUUCAUUGGGGAAGGAAUCUGGAAAACGAGACGAUCACACGCUCACCACAUUUCCUUGA